AUGAUUGCUGAAUCCAUCAUUGGCGCCGCGACAGAGCUGGGGCCGAUCAAGGUACCCGUUGUGGUUCGAUUGCAGGGCACAAACUCGGUCGAGGGAUUGAAAAUGCUCGAUGAGGCCAAGCUUGGGAUACAUGUCGAGGCUGAUUUCGGAGAGGCAGCCAAGAUGGCUGUUCGUUUCGCAGCAGGUCAAUAA